AUGGCCACAAGACGGUUACGUUGGCAACUCGGACCCACAAUACAAUGGCUUUUGGGAUGCGUUACACCCAAUCGACUGGUGAAUGCUACAGACGGAAGUGAGAAACAGCCAAUGCAGAAUGACGAUCAUCAAAAAGCAAUCGUAGUGCUGCAAGAGGCGAUACGCUUGUUAAGGCAAAAUGAGCCGGAAGAUCCGUACGCUAAAUUGACCUCAAUGAGUGGAAUUUUUUGCAUCACCUUCGUCAUAUUUUGCAUCGCAUACACUUCAUGGGAUGUCUUGAAACGUCUUCGAAAUUCCAUUCUAAAUCCUCUACCGUACUGUCUGCCUUCAAAUCCUUCGCGUCGAAAUCGGUCGAUAACAAGGAGUGAACAAUUGAAAGAACUUGACAAAAGUAUCAGAAGACGAAGGAAUCGAAGAAAUUGCGAGCAAUCUCAAGAAGAAACUGCCGCAAUAUCGGUGCCUGAGACUGUCGCUAGUCCAGAGUGUAGACGGGAUGAAUCACCACGUGACGAUAUUAUUAAUAGAGCUGAAAGGAAGGCAGCUUCACGACCAAACAGAGACAACGCCAGUGCAGCAAAACGCUGUAAGACCUUCCGAUCCAUUCAGUUGCUGUAG